AUGACUGCGAUAAUUCGUCCCUCCGUCUCUCGACUGCUGCAGCGCACCUUAACCACCCAUACUUCACCGGAGCUGAGCCGCAACGCUUUCGUCCGGUCCACCUCAGCCUCGGCUCGCUUCUUCGCCUCCACCUCCCGUCGAGCCAAGAUUCCCCCUUCGCCACACCAUGCGACAGCUUCACCGUUCAGUGCUCUGCGCCAGCGAUUCGUGUCCUUUCCCUCGCGUGGAGUCACCACGGGACCCUACGUCGCCCCCGGCCAAGGCUCGUCAGGGGUUGACUGGACAAGGAUUAGCACGACCGCAGGAUUGGCGCUCGCAGGCACUGUUGCGAUCAACUACUUCCUCAAUCGCGAGACAAGGGAUUCUCUCUCGCCGUUCGAGAAGUCUUACCUCAACGAUUCGUUCAAGUGGACUGGUGGAGGCCUCCUCAUCACGGCGUCAGUGGCCAAGUUGUUGCACUCCAAUGGCUUCGCCGUCAAGAUGAUGUCUGCCAACCCCUGGCUGGUGAUGGGUGUCGGGGUAGCAGCAGGUAUCGGAUCAAUGAUGGGUGUCUUUUACACCGAGCCAGACUCGCCUUUGGUAAGUGGUGGCUUCCAGUCUUGACCUCGAUGAUGCCGCCCGGUCUGAUGCGCCCCUUCAUGCUCGCAGCACUACGCCAGCUUCGCCCUCUUCAGCGCCGUUCAAGGUGCGACGCUCGCGCCCAUGUUCUUCCUCAAUCCCGCCGUUCUUUCCCGGGCUGGUCUUUACACUCUGGGAGCUGUGUCUGGUCUUACCUGGGUUGGUGCCACGGCGAAGUCAGACACCUUCUUGUACAUCGGCGGCCCUCUCCUCGCCGGUCUCGGUGUCCUCGUCGUGUCGUCCUUGGCUCCGAUGUUGCUCCCGAGGAUGAGCAUGAGGACUAUGUCAGCACUGGAACAUAUGACCGCCUACGGUGGCGUAGGCUUGUUCUCGAUGUUCAUUCUGUACGACACGCAAAAGAUCCUGGCGCAUGCGCAAUUGGCCCAGCGGGGCGCUAUCCCGCGGGACCCGGUCAGGGAAAGCGUUUCUCUCAUCCUCGACGCCAUCAACCUGUUUGUUCGAAUCGUCCAAGUUUUGAUGUUGCAGCAGCGCAGGAAGUGA